AUGUCUGAUCGCAUCUCUAGAGCUCUCAGGGAGUUAGCUAGUGCUCUGGAGGAGGAGGCUUGGGAGGUGACACGGGAGCCCCCGCGCGCUGACACAGCUGGCGGGGGUGCUCAAGGCCAGUUCACAGCUGGCCGUUCUACUCCUGUUGCAGCCGCUCGAGCUACUGCAACUCAGCUUCCUGAAAGAGUUCGUCCUACCUCCUCGACCCCAGCAACUUCGGACCCUGCCCGCACGAUCGGUCAGGACACGACCGCGUCCUCAGUGGCUUGGCGUGAGGGUGACCGGAUCUACUUGAUCCUAGCGAAUCCUCGCAAACCAUGGAUGGUGGGGGUGAUCAGCGGCCCUGCGCCGCAGACUUGGCGCCUGAUAGAACAGAACCUAGACGGAGGCCAACUCUCCGGGUCGGGCGCGCGCCUGCGCCGAGUUCCGUCGCUCACCGUGGCAGAGGAGCUCUGGAGACAGUACGCUCCCGCGGCUGCAGCUGUAGAGGGCGACCUUGAAGUGGACCAAGGACUCACGGCCAAGGAGGUGUUGGCAGACCCAAAGACGAAGGCCUCGGCUGUGCGGUGGCGUGCGGGAGGUGCACCGCGGCAACUGACUGCAGCCCUUGCGCGUCUGACCUCCUCUUUGGGCCGUUGGGUGAGUGGCGGCCCUGCGUCUUCGAGCCAGUUGGCGAGUGACCAGCUGGAGCCCGUGCAGCCGCAGCCGGUGCGGCGACCUCAGUCUGGGGAGACCCGUGAGACUUCCUCGCCAGAUGGUUUCAUGUGGUUGGUUUGCCGACUGCGUACCUUGCGGUGGAGGACAGUGCUGGCAGUCAUGUUUGUGCUCCUCUGCCCGAAGCUGGUAGCACUCAUCUUGGCGCUGGUGGUCAAGCUCCUCGUCCGCGCCGUGGUGGCCUUGCUGACUCACAUCUGCAAAGAGCUCUUUGAGCAGAUCAUGGGCGCGGUGGGGGAGAUUGAGAACAAUUUGGUGACGUGGCUCUCGCAUCAUCUUGGAAUGGAGACCCCAACUUCUGCUCCCCUGUGCCUGACUACUGGCCAGGGUGUGCAACAACAGCCGUCGCAGCCCAGUUCACCUGUACCGCCAUCUUCCCUCCCAACCCGGCCCGUCGACCUAGUGACUGUUGUGCUCCUCGUCUUGAACCUGCGCCGUGGACUGCCAGCGGGGGUGGGCGGGGGAGAGCCUCGAGGUUGA